UCGCCAAGUUGCUGCUUUGUACGUCAUUAAGCUUCCGUUGCCUGGUGAUGCAACACAUCACACACCAACCAUGAAUCCCUUCCCUUCUCUUCGCUCUCUCUCACCAGUAUUUCAACCCCCCCCCAUCCCACCAGCCCCCAUAUGAAAUAGAAUCAAUAAUGUCCUAAACAAAAUGAGGCUUAUUGCCCUGUGGGAACAGACAGAGGCGGGCAGUGGGGGGUGACAGCGGGGAGGGGGGGUGGCAUGAGAGAGAGAGAUAGAAAGAGUAGAUAGAGAGCACGGACGGCAGAAAGUGCAGGAAGAGUAGACAGAUCGCAGGCAGACAGCAGCGAGUGAGUAAAGGGUAAAGAGACAGCAGGUAGACGGCAAAAGCUACAGCAACUGAAGAGAGAUAACAGCAAGAAAGAGUAGAAAAAGCAAGGAGGCAGCAAAAACUGCGAAAAAGAAAGAGUAGUGAAAGCAGGCAGACAGCACAAACUGAAAGAAAGAGAGAAAAGAGAAAGUAGUUACUGUAAAAAAAAGGAAAGCAGGCAGAAAACAGUCAGAGAAGACAGCCCAGCAUGGCCGAGGAGAUGGAGAUGGAGUUCACGGAGGACCUGCAGCUGACCGAGGUGAUGCGGCUGCGGGUUCAGUCCCUCCAGCAGAAGGGCCAGAAGCGGCAGGACGGAGAGCGCCUCCUGCUGCCCCACGAGGCCGUGUACCGGCUGGACUUCAGCGAGCAGGAGCUGACCUUCUCCCACUGGAACGUCACCCUGAAGGGUCCAGGCCGCCUGUCCGUCACUGGAAUCUCUCAGCUGUGGACGCCCGACCUGACCAACCUGAUGACCCGGCAGCUGCUGGAGCCCACCGGUCAGUUCUGGAGGAGCGCGGGGGACCCCGAGGACGCCCCCAUAAAGUGCCUGGAGGCCGACAUCCAGGAGUUCGGGGAGAGGAUAGCCGAGUUAGCCAAGGUCAGGAAGGUGAUGUACUUCCUGUUCGCCUUCAAGGAUGGAGCGGAGAAGGACAACAUCGACUGUUCACUAGUCUUCAAGAAAAGCGCUGAGGCUUGAUCUCUGGCCUCCAGUGCUAAAGGUUAGAAACCAUCUCUCAGAUCUGCGAGGCUAACGGUUUAGUCCUUUAUUUAGUCCCUUUUAACUGACAGAAAGCCUUUAGUGUAACAAUUUAGGUUUUGUUGAUUUUGGGAGCAGAUUUUGUUCAAAAACAUUCAUCUCAAGUGACAAAAGAUGAUUUGCACCAGAGUUAGCUAUGAGCUAAUUUCUACCUGCAUUGUUGGCCAGUAUAAGAUUAAACACCUCAGUCAAAAAGCUAUUAUAAAACUAAAACUACCUGCUUUUUCCUCAUAGAUGAUAAUAAUAAUAAGAAGAAGAAGUGUUUGAUAGAGAAUGUUUAUUUUUUUGUUGUAACACAGCUGUGUACUGUAAUUUUGUCUGGUCACAUAUACAAAAACCUCCAACAUGCUGCUUAAAAUAUAAAGAGUUUUACCUGAAAAGCACAAAAUAUAGAUAUAAAAUAUAUAACAUGUAAGUGUAAAUCGAUACAA